CCGCCUCCUCAGAUGACGCAUUUUCCGCCAAGAUGGUCGUCGGUGCCUUUCCGAUUGCAAAGCUGCUCUAUCUGGGCGUACGACAAUUGAGCAAACCAGUGGCUAACAGAAUAAAAGCAGGCGCGCGGAGAAGUGAAUUCUUUAAGAAUUAUGUCUGCCUUCCUCCGGCCCAAGCAUAUCACUGGAUGGAGAUGCGAACAAAGAUGAGAAUUAUGGGUUUCCGUGGCUCCGUCAUCAAACCUCUAAAUGAAGAGACCGCUGCAGAGCUUGGAGCAGAGUUGCUCGGUGAAGCUAUCAUUUUCAUCAUUGGCGGAGGUUGCAUGGUUUUUGAGUACAGCCGUCAGGCCACCAACUCCAGACGCAAGGAAGAGGAGCUUGCACAAACCAUUAGCAAUCUUCAGACACACCUAGGAGAGCUUGCACUAGCCACAGAGACACUGGAUGCCCAGAUUAGAGAGGUUAAUAGACUUCUGUUGUCCCUCCCAGCGGCUCCAAGUACCAAGUAACAAUGUGCAUCACUAAAAUACACCCUUUCUAAGAAGGGCAAAGAACAUAUCAGUAGUGGUGCAGCACUGUCAUAUAUAUAUAUAUAUAUAUAUAUAUAUAUAUAUAUAUAUAUAUAUAUAUAUAUAUAUAUAUAUAUAUAUAUAUAUAUAUAUAUACAUACAUAUAUAUAUAUACAUACAUACACACACAAAGUCUUGGUUAAGCCGUCCCACACACACACAAGGAAACUCCAGGCUAUAUAAACGAGGAAGGAACGGAGAGUUUGUGUGUGAUUGAGUGACUGGCCACCAGUAUAACACAAUUAAAGCUUCCUAUUCAUUAUUUGUGUGGUUGGAUGAUGCUGUUUUCAAUCGAAAGUUCUAGUUUUUUGAUGACACUGUUAAACCAUUGCCACCGUUUGACCACUUCUUAUUCUGCUUAUCAGUUUGGAGGUUAUUUCAUAACAUUUUCUUCAUAUAAGAUGCUGAUGGAGUUGGGCAUUCAUCAUUUAUUAAUGAUUUGAAAAUGCACUUUAAUUUUUGAUACUUGAAUGACAAAUUCCAUAUGGUAAAUAUGGAUGUGUCCCUCAAUAUAGGAAACAGGGAGCCCAUCUCUGUGUGUCCUGCAAGAAAACCCCUAUUACAGUAAAUUACUGCUGUGCUUAAUAUGGCGUGUAUAUGGGUGUAUAAUUAUGAUUGUAAAAUAAAGUGAAAUAUUCUGA